UUCCCUCAAACUGAAGAACACAAACGUAAAAAUACUUGUUUUUCCUCCUGAGGUUGAGGAGGCCAUAGGCACAAUGCUUUAACUGCAGGCCUCUAACCCGGGGCUGGUUUUAACCCCAGCGCUCUGACCUAAGCUGCUUAGCUCCCGGAAAUUCCAAGGAAUCCGGUAGCUUUAGUUCUUCAGGUGGAAUCGAGUGCGACAUGGGAAAGAAAACCAAGCGAACAGCUGACAGUUCUUCUUCAGAGGAUGAGGAGGAGUACGUCGUGGAGAAGGUGCUAGACAGACGUGUAGUUAAAGGGCAAGUGGAAUAUCUACUAAAGUGGAAAGGCUUUUCUGAGGAGCACAAUACUUGGGAGCCUGAGAAAAACCUGGAUUGUCCUGAGCUAAUUUCUGAGUUUAUGAAAAAGUAUAAGAAGAUGAAGGAGGGAGAAAAUAACAAACCCAGGGAGAAGUCAGAAACUAAUAAGCGGAAAUCUAAUUUUUCUAACAGUGCUGAUGAUAUCAAAUCCAAAAAAAAGAGAGAGCAAAGCAAUGAUAUCGCACGGGGCUUCGAGAGAGGACUGGAACCAGAAAAGAUCAUUGGGGCAACAGAUUCCUGUGGCGAUUUAAUGUUUUUAAUGAAAUGGAAAGACACAGAUGAAGCUGACCUGGUUUUGGCAAAAGAAGCAAAUGUAAAAUGUCCACAGAUUGUGAUAGCAUUUUAUGAAGAGAGACUGACGUGGCAUGCAUACCCCGAAGAUGCGGAAAACAAAGAGAAAGAAACAGCAAAGAGCUAAAGGAGGGGGAGGAGCACUGUCAUUUCUCUUUGUAUAUAAUACAUUUACUUUCCUGCCUCCUCUUCCUUCUACCCACCCCCCUUCUAUCCUAAACAUAUCCAUAAAAAUGUGCUUUUCA